AUGGCUGAGCUAGAAGCUCUAAAGAGGAUUUUGACAUACGUUACCGAGAAAAAAAUAAAAUUGGUCCUAGAGGCUGAAGAAAACAUGGUUGUCGAAGCCUAUGUUUCAAAGAAAGAAGAUAUUUUGGCUAUUGAGCCAGAGCCUCCAGAUAAGUCAGUUGUGACUAAAGGAAACGUCAACAUGCAAUGUUUAGAUUGUAUUUAUGACGAUGAACCUUUAGGGUUUGAAAAAGAUCCAAGGGCGCCAGAAGAGAUGCGACUACAAGACCCCUUAGAAGAAGUCGACCUUGGCGAAAAUGGCGACAAGAGGCCAACAUACAUCAGCGCCAACAUCGACAAAGAGUUAAAAUCUGAGAAUGAAGAUUUUAAGUGGCAAGAAGAGCAUCAAGAGGCUUUCGACAAAAUUAAAGAAUAUUUAACUAAGCCUCCAGUACUGGCCCCUCCUGUUAGGAAUAUGCCAAUGAGGUAUAGUGAUAUAGAGAAACUAUGUUUAUGCCUGUAUUUUUCUUGUAUGAAACUAAAACAAUAUAUUAAGCCCGUUGAUGUGUAUGUAUCUUCUCACUUUGAUAUUAUUAAGCACAUGUUGUCUAAACCAAUUUUGAAUAGUCGAAUUGGUAAAUGGGCUUUGGCAUUAACGGAGUAUUCUCUGACUUACGUGCCCUUAAAAGCGAUGAAAGGGCAAGUGGUGGCAGAUUUCCUAGUCGACCAUUCAAUGGUCGAAUUGCCUCAAAAUUAUGUAGACACAGUGCCAUGGAGAUUGUACUUCGAUGGUUCAAGACAUAAGAACGGAUCUGGGAUGGGGGGAGUCAUAAUUUCUCCAGAUGGAAUUCCAGCAGAGUUCAACUACAUAAUUGAAGGAGUAUGCACAAACAAUGAAGCAGAAUAUGAAUCUUUGAUCACAGGACUUGAAUUUCUGCUGGAAUCGGGGGCAAGGAAUGUCAAAAUUAUGGGAGACUUUGAGUUAGUAAUUAAACAGGUAUCGAAAGAAUACAGGUGUGUCAAAGAAAAUUUAAUCAUGUAUUUUGUGAUUACCAUCAGACUACUCAAGAGAUUUGACCAAGUAAGCCUCCAACAUAUACCACGGAAAGAGAAUCAGAGAGCAAACGAUUUGGCGCAGGAAGCUUCAGUGUAUAAAGCGUCGAAAGACUAG